AUGAACUUUUCCAAACUCUGGCGAAUCCUCACCUGUGGCCCCAAGAAAAACUCGGAACCAGCAACAGAGAGCAGACCAGAGAUGAAUGCCGGGAAGGAUAUCACAGAUGAUGAACCCUUUACUGGGCUAAGUGAGGUUGCUUCGCCGGUUCCAGUUGAGCGCAUCACCGAAGAGGAACGAGAGCGGCAUGAAUCACUCGACAGAAACCUCUCUGGGGGCUCACAUUCGCACCCUCAUCUAUCCAAUAAUUAA